AUGGAAGGAAAAUGCUGUGGCUGUAAAGAAACCAAAACUGUUUACACAUUGAGGAAGGGUGUAACUAAAUGCGCUGAAUGCCAAUGCAAUCAGGCAGGAAUUUCAUUUAUGAACCUCUUCAAAAAGGCGAUUGUUAAAAUUCCACCACCAGUCCAUGUAUUAGUUGCAGUUUCAGGUGGUCCAAGUUCAAUGUUUGCAUACAAUACGCUUACAACUCGUAUUGAUGUUACAAGAACAAGCAAAACUUCAUUUGUCAAGAAGAUCGAAGCCAUUUCAACAGAGGAUUUGCAAAUUCCAAAUCUUCACCACAUAGACAAGUUCACUGUAAAGAAUGUAGCUGAUUAUGCACGUGAACAUGAUUUUAAUUGCGUUGUUCUUGGCGAUAACACAGAUUUUAUUGCAUUAAAGUCAAUGGGAUGCUUAUCACAAGGCCGCCCAGACUUAUUUUACUGGAUUUCUACAGAUGAUUUUGAGAAUUAUCCUGGAAUUCCAAUUCUUCGUCCAGCUCGCCAAAUUUUAACCGCUGAAACAGAAUUUAUCUGCAAACACCGUGGUUUAGAAUACAAGAAAGACCUUUCCAAGCUACAAAAAGCCUUCAUUGUUGAGGAAAGAAUGAUCGAUACAAUUAUUGCAGAUGGAAAUGAGGCCACAACAUUUGCGGUUCAGAAAAUGGCCGAAAGACUCCCAGUUCCAACUCUUCCUUUCAAAUGUCCUCAAUGCGGCUUGCCUUUCGACAAAGAAGGCUGCCCAUGCGAAAUUUGCGCAGCUGAGAAUAGAGCAUAG